CAUUAGCAUGAUUUAUGAACUAAGCAGAUUCCAUCAAAUACUUAAAAAUAACAUUUUGUUUCCAACCGGAAAUGCGUCAAACUUCGUGUCACGUAGUUACAUAUAAAUAGUUGUUGCCAGUUUUAAGCUUCUUUCACUUCUUCUAGAUUUCUAGAAGUCACCACGGGUGAAUAUUUCGUGCUUUAAGUGGAUUAUUCUCUUCUAAACCGCCUAACAGGUGUGUGUUUGAGAGGAGGAGUGGAAGAGGGAGCGAAUGAAAGUGCAGAGGAACCACAUCGACAGGCGGAGAGAAAGUAAGAGAGAGAGAGAGAGAGAGAGGGAGCGCAGAAAGCUGCGCUUCUUUUCUUCUGGGUGUCAGCUGCAACAGCAGCGGCGGUUCGGUUCAGGGCGAAGGGUGACCGGGUCCCGAGGUGAAGGGUGUGUGUUCGAGUUGGAAAACUUUUCCGCCUCCUGGUCAAGACGUCUGAGAUGUGAAGAAGCUUGAAGUAUGGCAUGUGAAGAUGGUUUCUGGCAAGAAGAAGGAGAUGGUGACAGCGAUGCUCCCCGCUCACAUUCUGCUCUACUUUUUCUGCCUGACCACUUGCGUGAGGAGAGCCACAGGACAGACCAGGAAAGAUGAGCGGAUAUACCCGGAGAAUUUCACUCGCAUUUUGGACCGACUUCUGGACGGAUACGACAACAGGCUCAGACCUGGAUUCGGAGGUCCUGUAACGGAGGUCAAGACAGACAUUUAUGUGACAAGUUUUGGGCCUGUUUCAGACGUUGAAAUGGAGUACACCAUGGACGUGUUCUUCAGGCAGACCUGGGUGGACCGCCGCUUGAUGUAUGAGGGUCCUAUAGAGAUUUUAAGGCUCAACAACUUGAUGGUGACCAAAGUCUGGACACCAGACACGUUCUUUAGGAACGGGAAGAGGUCCGUUGCUCACAACAUGACGGCACCAAACAAACUCUUCCGCAUCAUGAAGAACGGCACCAUCCUCUACACCAUGAGACUGACGAUCAGCGCUGAAUGUCCCAUGAAGCUCGUGGACUUCCCAAUGGACGGACACGCAUGCCCGCUCAAGUUCGGUAGCUAUGCCUAUCCUAAAACAGAGAUGAUCUACACUUGGACAAAAGGACCUGAGCACUCAGUGGAGGUCCCUCCUGAGUCGUCCAGCCUGGUGCAGUAUGAUCUCAUCGGCCAGACGGUCUCCAGUGAAACCAUCAAGUCCAUCACAGGCGAAUACGUGGUGAUGACCGUCUACUUCCACUUGAAACGUAAAAUGGGCUACUUCAUGAUUCAGACGUAUAUCCCCUGCAUAAUGACAGUAAUCCUCUCCCAAGUGUCCUUCUGGAUAAAUAAAGAGUCUGUCCCGGCGCGCACCGUCUUCGGCAUCACCACGGUCCUGACCAUGACGACUCUCAGCAUCAGCGCUCGCCACUCGCUUCCGAAAGUUUCCUACGCCACUGCCAUGGACUGGUUCAUCGCCGUCUGUUUCGCCUUCGUCUUCUCCGCACUCAUCGAGUUCGCCGCCGUUAACUACUUCACCAACGCCGAGCUGGAGCGUGCCAAAAAGAAGCCGCCCAAAUGCCCCCCCGGACCGCAGACUACGCCUGUCAAAGUCAAGGACGUGGAGGAAGUGCUGCAGCAAAACCAGGACACAAAUGGAAACCUAAGAAAAAGGAUGAACUACAUCUCCCAGCAGGAGUGCAGCAGCCACCAGCGGGCUCCGUCCACUGCCACCAUUUCCGGGCUAGGGCACGCCAGGCUUCUGCGACCCGAUGUAAACGGCAGCUCCUCCACGCUCUCACGAUCCAGCCCCAAAUCCGAGAGUCUGAUCAGCGUGGCGUCCUCCUCCACACAGCUGGUCAAAAACACGCCCCAGGCAGGAGCCGCGACGCCAGACGUGACGGCGGCGACGCCGUGCAAGCAGAACACCGCCUCCUCAUCGCUGCAGCAUCUGCUGGGGCCCAAACUGGAGCGCAUUCAGCUGAUGGGGAACAAAGCGGAGCUGAAGCAGACGCCAUGUUCUCAGCCCACGACCGCCGGCAUGGGAGGAACCAGUAAAAUCGACAAGUACGCCAGGAUCUUUUUCCCAGUGUCUUUUGGGGCGUUCAACAUGGUCUACUGGGUCGUCUACCUGUCCAAGGACACCAUGGUGGCGAAGGGUGGCUAAGUUCUUGAACACACAGCGGAUGAUGUGUCUGCAAGCAAUACACCAAACAUAUGCGAACAAUGUGCUCACGAAGCACUUUGAUAUCAGCUGGAGCACAUUUGAGGACAAAUCAAGCAGAUCUGACUCACUGGAUUAUCCCACUGUCCUUUUCACUGGAUCUGUCUGUAGACGUCGGCUUUCACCGCCUGCAGUCAGAGACUCUUUUCCUAUUUUUGUAUCUGGCACUUGAAGACGCGUGGAUGUGCGCGCUGACACCAAGCUGUACUUUGUAAAUACACAUCUACUGGCACCUGUUUCCCGGGCAUGUUGGUCCCAAUAUCUGCUGACCGCCGGUCAAAGGGCCGUCAUGUGGCGGUCCAAGAGAGCGGUCUGAUUAGACGGAACAUCUGCACCGAAGGAUGAGCAGCGCGGCCUUUGUUUCGGGUCGGAUCAGAACCCAAAAGCCUCUUGUACCCGAUUCAAGUUGGAUUAAAAACUGAAUCACUGCAGAUCAAAUUUGAGGACGGAUGAGGCAGACAGUAGUUAUUAAUUCUGUUAUAAUAGGAUGUAAGCUUCUUUCAACACAGAGAUCGUGAUUACAGUCUGAGUAGAGUCACUGCGGAGGUCUGUAGUUCAACGCUGGGGAACACAGAGAGUCGAUCAAACUCAGCCUUGAAUGGAAGAGACGGAUGUGCAGAUGUAAGCAGACGCAGAGAUCUUUGUAUUCAAGCCAAGAACAUUUGCUCAAUUAAAGCUGCAAUACUCAGUUGGUCAUGUUUCCAUCUUACUUUUGUGCUUUCAGAACCUUCAGUCACUGGACUACUGACCUCGCUGGCAUCUGUUCGCAACCAUUCUCCUUAAGAUCAGGUCGUGAUUUCCUAGUGAUGGGUAGAUGAGGCAUCAUGAAACAGACUUGUUGGGUUGAUGAAACAUUGUCCUCAUUUUCUGAGGCGCUCUUGGUUUUGAAAUGAUGUGAGGUUUCACUGAAUUAGUUGUUCAAGUCCAAACAUUUUACAGCAGACACUGUUUCAUGAAACCUCAUCAACCCUCAAUACUACAAAGCCUCAUUUUCAAAGAUCUCUACUUGAUAAUCUUUUGUUUGUAACAGAUUUUAUGAAGCAUCACAUAAUUUUCAAACUCAGUGCACCACCGACCAAGUUCAGAAAAUGAGGCUUCAUGAAGCUUCAUCAGCCCAUCACUAGUUGUGACUUUUUACUCCAGUCACAAUGACAUUUUACCACUUCAGACCUUGACUGAAACCAGUUUGUAUAUUCUAAUACUUGUGUAUUGCCACUAUGGUUUCAGAAGCUUCGCAGAGAAAUUCAUUGUGGUCUGCUCAUGAAGGGCUAAUGCUGAGAGGGCAAUUUUCAUUUUCAGCAAGUCAAAUGUCAGGUGAUAUUUUGGUGUGUUUUUUAUUGAAAAUGAUACCCAGAAUUACCUGGCACUCUUUUUGGUUGUUGUUAUUUUUCACACAAAGUUCACUGCACUAAAUGUGUUUGUGUGUUUAUUUGUCAAAUAUUUUCCGACCUUGUUAUUCCUAGCGGAGUUGGGGAAGAUUGGAUUUCACUGUCAGUGAUGGAGUCUGACUCAGCUUUAUUUGGGUGACGUAACGUUAUUGCAGCUCAAACAAAGAAAACGGUGAGACUCUCAAUAUGAUGUUUAGAAAUCAGCCUAGUUUGUGUCUGAUCAUGGUGCGGGGUUCAUCGCUCACCGGACUCCGGGUGCAGUCGGAGCCUUUCUUCUCACUGUAAGAGCCAAACCGGUCUUGUAGCCGAUCUGUUGGUCUGACCAGAGCCGUGUCUCGUCCACGGCAGACUGAUGGACAGAUCAAGCGGCCCGCCAUCGCCGCCGCUCACCUCUCCUCAACGCACCCAUGUGUGAAAUUGAUUUUGCAGUUAUU